AUGAAUUGUCUCCUUGCAAUUUUGUUUUUCACGGGGAAGGAAACACCAGAAAACGAUCGUCUAGCUGUACUGAGCAACUCUCCUAAAACCAUGAAUUACUUGUAUUCUCCACGCGGAAGUCCUACAUUUCCUGAGCCUCCGAAAGAUCACGACUUGUAUAAGACGCAUAGCCACAUCAAAGGACCCGGCACGUAUGCUACUGUUUAUUGCUCGCCAAGAUUGACCAGUGAAGAAAUACGUCGCUUGAUCUGGGAUAAAUACACGAGACCCACGUCUUACAUCGACCAAGUGUCGAGCUGGAAUAGUGAAGAGGAAAAUCAAUGUUUCAAUACCAUAUAUUCAAUAUAUAGAGAUUCUUCCAGCCCAACGCAAAUCCCAAUUCCAAGCUCAAAUCUCAUAAAAUCGCAAAAAUGCACCGAAAGAGUUUUGGGUAGUAUAGCUUUUCAGGGUGGGUUUGAAACCAUUGGUAUACAUCAAUCACCCAAGAAUACAUAUCCGUACCCUCGCCCCACCGUUACGUUUGACAAACCUAUGGAAAUGUCAAAUAUGGUUCAAGAUGGUCGAUUCUUCAACAUGGUAAGCAGAGAGGGUUCGACAUAUGCCCUAGCUUGGUACCAUGGACACAUUCAACUCUUUCAAAGGUUGCAGGGUAGCGAGGAAUGGUUUCCGAAGACAUCUAUUAGAAAUGAGCCGGAAAACGGAGGAUUAAUUACCAACUUUUUGUUGAAGAAUAAUUUGCAAAUCAGUAGGGCCUGGAAGAAAUUAAAACCAAGUGAGAGUGGCUCUCGCAACAUUCAGUCAUCAGAGACAUGCGAGGCGAGUUUUGAAAAUUCCCAAAACGGGAGUAAAUGCGGAAGACUCGGACCGGUCGUGGAUAAGCUUGCCUCAACGCCUGUGACAGGGUACUUGGGAGGCGAAAUAUGCGGAUAUCUUGGCGACGCCUGA